CUUCUAAGGAAUCUAAGCUAUAAACACAUUUUAACUUGGUUUUAGAUCCUUCAUCCUUUACUGCUCUUGGCAUUUAAUGUUUCCUGAGACAAAGAGCUGCUACCAAUCUUUCUUCUCAACAGGGAAAUUUAUUACUCUAUUAUUGAUCCUUUUUUCUUGCAUGUCAUAGUUACUACGACCUUGUGAUCAAGCCUAUAUUACUUUGAUAGGUCAUGAGUUUUUCCUCUUAUGCUCCUUGAAACUAUUUACAUUUUUCUGCCUUGAUGCUUAGAAUGGCUAUAAGUUUUUCAUCAUGGAAGUGGCAAUGUUUUCUUUGUUUUGUGUUUCUCAUUUUGUCUUGUCAUUGUAAGGGCCAAGACUCUUCAUUGUCACCAAUGAAGAACAAAGAGAAGGAAGCCAUCUACUCUGUUAUUCAAGGGUUUGUUGGACAAUGGUGGAAUGGUUCAUAUCUUUAUCCAGAUCCUUGUGGGAUGACUCCUAUAGAGGGAGUUUCAUGUGAGCUAUAUGAUGAUGGCUUCUGGCAUGUAACUGCUGUAAACUUUGCACCAAUUUUUGACAACUGUCUCAUGUGCAACCACGAUGCUCAAUUCCCUCAGCAACUAUUCAAACUCAAGCACCUAAAAGUACUCUCACUGUCUGGUUGCUUCCUUUCUCCAAUCCAAAAUCCUGUUAAACUCCCAAUUUCAAACUGGGAGAAGUUCUCACACAGUUUGGAAUCUUUGACACUUAGAUCAAACCCUGGUCUUAUUGGGACCAUUCCAUCAGGAAUUGGAAGCCUUAGGAGGCUUCAAUCUUUGGUACUUCUAGAAAAUGGUCUAACAGGUGAACUACCACUAAGGAUUGGUAAUUUGGUCAAAUUGAGGCAACUAGUCCUUGCAGGAAAUUAUCUGGUGGGUGAGGUUCCAGCCAACUAUGGAAGGCUUUCUAAGCUUUUAAUAUUUGAUGCAAGCAGGAAUAAUCUUUCAGGAGUUUUGCCAUCAACACUAGGACUUUUGGAUUCACUUCUAAAGCUUGAUUUGAGUAGCAACAUGCUUGAGGGAGAGUUGCCAAGGGAGCUUGGAAGGAUAAAGAAUCUUACCUUACUUGAUAUCAGUCAUAACAAACUUAGAGGUGGUUUGGCCAGGACACUCAAAGAACUUGUUUCCUUAAAGCAUUUGGUUCUUUCCAACAACCCUAUAGGGGGUGAUCUCUUAGGAGUUACGUGGCAAAAUUUCCAAAGCAUAGAAGCAUUGGACCUUUGUAACACAAGUUUGGAAGGGAGUGUGCCAGAGUCCAUGUCAAAAAUGAAAAGGCUCAGAUUUUUGGACAUUAGCAACAAUAAUCUCUCUGGAGGUCUCUCUAGAAGUUUGGAAAAACUGCCAUGUCUUAGAGCUCUUCAUGUAAAUGGAAAUAACUUGAGAGGUAGACUUGAGUUCUCAGAGAGGUUUUACAUGAAAAUGGGAAUGCGUUUUGCAGCUUGGAAUAAUGCAAAUCUAUGUUACAUUGCCAAACCAAGGCACCGAAGGCCUUAUGGAAUAAAGCCUUGUGUUCAGAAUAUUACUAUAUCUGAAGGGGUUUCAACAGUUGAAAUAAGUGAGGGGAAUUACAAGGAUUCCUUUGUAGUGGCCUCUUUGGGAGGUUCAGGCUGUGCCUUUUAUGGACUUUGGUGGGUUUUCACUGUAAAUGGAGUUCUUAAUGUUUUCCUGUGGAAUAUGUUGUUUUAGUUCAUUUUAGAGAAAUCCGAUAUCACCACAUCACAUGAAUGUAUUGCCUAGAGAAGUAGCCAUAGUUAACACUUGGAUUCUGACUUUGUCAUCUGUUGCUAAACAAAUUUAUGACUUCUGAAUUCCAUUACAUGCAUUAUGAUGGCACAAAAAAAUGUACAUGCAUGUUUCUCUAAUCACCAUCGGAAGAUGCACGUGUCC